GCAAGUUAUAAGUAGGCCUGGGAAAAUUUGGAUAUAUAUAUAUAUAUAUAUAGUAUAUAUAGGUUUACUACUAAGUUAACAGUCAGUUUUUGAGAGUCGAAUACGAUUUUAAUACGAAUCAUAUUAAAAUCACAAGAAAGCAUUUGUAGUGGUGCAUGUAAACAUAUGGCAAACAGCGCAAUUAUGACGGAAGACUACAGGAAUACUCUAAAGAAGCUAUUAAACUCCCUUGAAGAAUUAAAUCUGGACGAAGAGCUGCAACACUUCGAUGACUUUGUUCUCUACUCAUUAUUACUUCAAUACUCAUUGAAUGGAGAUUUCCGAUCAUUUAAAAUUUGUGAAAAAGAAUUGUGGCAAUGUUACACGCUACCCAAGUUUAGCGAUAUGAGUGAUUUAUUAUCAGACGUCCUUGACCUUCCAACUAUAACCCUGCAAGAUACGCUAAAGUUGAUUUCAUGGAAGAGGUACGAAGAUUAUUUGCUACCACCAUUAAUUUUAGCAAUAAUACAAGAUCAUCAAAAGUUUGUUGAAGAUUUCUUAGAAACUUACGAAAUUGUAAAAAUUGAAGGUUACCAAAUAGUUUUGCAAAGGUUAAUCGAAGUUGCAUCAAAAAUGGGUCAUGAUUAUUUAAUAACAAUCUUUCUAAAGCAUAGGAUAUUUCCAAAAUCAAAAAUAAUAGCGAAAAUGAUUUGUAACAAAGACGAAUUGGAAAAGGAAGAAAUUAGCUCUUUAAAGUCUUUAUUAACUAACGGAAAUGGACUAAGUUAUUCAAAUUUCUUUAAAGAUUGUAUUGAAUUUGAUAUAAAUGAAAAGUUAUUAAAACAAUUAUACGACUUUGCUAAAGAAUAUAAACUUUGUGACCCAAAAACACUAUGUUUAUUAUUAAUAAAAAAUUACGCUUGGGGUAAACUUUCAACUUAUCAAAAAAAUCAAAAUUUUAUCUGCCUUAAAGAAAUUGAACACUGUUUGAGAGGGAGGACGAAACCAGCGUCAAAUUUCUACUUGCCUUGUAAUCAACUACCUAAUCAAACAUUAUUGCAAAUAAAAGAUUUGGCUUAUUUCUACAAUCAUAGAGACGCUUUUUAUUACAUACUCACUCGCUAUCCUGAUUUAUUUAAAAAUGGUGUUUUUUGUUUCCUAUUCUCUAGGAUGCUUAGCAUUCUAUAUAAAAAUCACUCAACAGCUAACAAUUUAGGAGUAAUUGUUUACUGUAUUGAAAAUUAUAGUCAUUUAUUUAAUAAUUGCAUGAGGACCAAACACAGCUGGGCAGAGCAUCUUCGAAAUAGGGAAGCUUUCAGCGCAAAAACUUCAUGGUUUAGGCAAUUUUUAGCGCUCUCUCUUCGUUUUGGACUGAUACUAUUUAAUUGGAAUGAAUGUAUCGAAUUUGCUGUUAAUGAGAUGAAAAAUACUGGUAAUUCUGUGAUAUUCCACAUGCUUCGGCUUACAUUUGGUCUUAUUAAUGGCGAAUUGGAGAAGGAUCUACCAAUUUUGAGUUUACAACAAAUGGCAAGAAUCUCUAUAAGAUCAGUGCUUGAAUUACCUAUGCUAAAAAGUAUUAAUUAUUUUAAGCAGAAGAGAAUUUUACCUCAUAGGAUAAUUGGAUAUUUAAUGCUCCCUGAACUUGAUGAAUUAAUUGGAUCUCCCUUGAAAUUAACUAUUGAUCAUAUUGAUGGACCUAUCAUUCGCCAGUAUUAUGUUAGAUCUUGCUUUUACUAAAAUUUCAAAUUAGGGAAGGAAACAAACUGUUCAAUUUAUUGUUUUGAUUCAUUUUGUAUAAUCUAUAUGAUAUAUUACAUGCUGUUUUUAUAUAAUAUUAUGAAUUUAUAGUUCAAGAAUUCGUCUCUUUUAUUUUUUUUAUCAACAGUUAUCGUUAAACUUUAAG